GGCAAUCGGAGGUGCGGACAAUCAAUGAAAUUAACCGGUAUCGAUUGAAUUGUACUGUCGAAAAUUCGUGGUUGAAUCGAGUUCUGGCCUUUAGCAACUUGAGAUAACGCUUGAAUAUCCAUUACUAAUGAGUUAUUUGUGGUGAUUUGUGGAUUAAUUGAGGUGGGGGACGCUAUGAGUGAAAGAAUCUAUGUGUGCCGUUCCCAAAUCACUCCGAUUCUCAACAAAAUUGAAGAAAAAAACGGCUCAACAUGUGUGCACGGUACUUCCUCCGCUCCUAAUUAACGGAACACGGUGAAUCUAAUUAGUCCCCGAAGGCAAGUGGAUUGACGUUAUCAAUAUUUUCAUUCCCUAUUUUUUUUUUCACUCGAGUCACUGUCGCGCGUCGACACGGCCCGUUGGAUCUCCAACUAGUGGUGAAAAAAAACGAUAGAAAAAUUCACAAACGAGUCUUGAAAUAAUGAAACAAUGAUCGAAAUGUUGAAAAAUGUGUUUGUGAGGAAUGAUAAAUUUAUUAUCGCAAAAAACACGUGCAAUCUGGUGUCAUGAGUCGAGACAAUUCAUGUUUGACACUUAUCAGUGGUACAUCAGUCGAGUUUUUCGGUAAUAUCGGUCAGAGUAAUAAUCCAUCAGUGGAUAAUCAGAUGGACCUCAGCACGACAACGCGACGCCCGCCGGAUGCCGGCGCUGCUGAUCACAUUGUGCAGAAGGCAACGGGUAAUCAUCGAGUGGCUAAGAGUGUCUUCAGUAUACGGAGUCUCGUGGAUGUCGAGGAUGCUGAGUUGCCCGGUAAUGACGAGGGUAAUCGUGGCUAUGAGAAUCCAGGGCGAGGUAGCAGCGAGGCCGUCUCACAGACGAGCCCAGCAAGCAGUACAGGGAGUUUGGGGGUCAGUCAGCAGACCCAACAGCAAGUACAACAGCAUACGAGUCAGGGACAGAUGGGAAUUUCAGCGACGGAGGAGAGCAGGCAUGAGGAUGAGGGAGUUCAUCCACGCGCUGCACCCACUAGUCCUGAAAGUGAUGCUGAGGUUGAUGAUUUUGCACCCAAGAGGAAACAGCGGAGGUACAGAACGACCUUCACGAGCUUCCAACUUGAGGAACUUGAAAAAGCUUUUUCAAGAACACAUUAUCCUGAUGUGUUUACCAGGGAGGAACUCGCCAUGAAGAUCGGCCUUACCGAGGCUCGUAUCCAGGUGUGGUUUCAAAAUCGUCGAGCCAAGUGGCGGAAGCAGGAGAAGGUCGGCCCCCAGGGUCACCCGUACAACCCAUACUUGGGAGGAGGUGGUCCCCCGCCAUCAGCUGUGGUAGCUCCAACGUUGCCCAAUCCAUUCGCUCAUUUGGGAUCGUUUGCCCUGCGCAAGCCCUUCGAGGCCUUCAGAUACCCACCACUGGGUCACGGCCCAAUUCUAACGGGAGGCUAUCCGAAUCAUCCUUACCAUCGAGCACCACCUCCUCUCCUUCCCCCAGGGAUGCCACUGCCCUACACCUCAGCCGCGUCGUUCCAAACAUUACUAGCGAAUAUAUCAGCAGCACAGAGGCCGAAAAUCGUCAGGAACUCACCUCCACCUCAGCCACCACCUCAGUCUUCGCUAUCGGCACCGGUUCCACCGCCUGCAGCAGCGCCACCAUCCCCCGUUGUUGGACAUCCACUACCUCCCGCAUCGUCGACAAACACGAGUUCACCGGCUGGCUCACCAACAGGCAGCAUAACAACAUUACCAGACAUUGACAGAAGGACAAACAGCAUUGCCUCCCUGAGAUUAAAGGCACGUGAAUACGAACUUCAUCUUGAAAUGCUUCGAAAGAACGGUGAUCUCAUAAGCUGAAGAAUCGUAUAAUCGUCAUUAUAUUUAACAUUCAAUAACGUGAAAUUGAUGAUCAGGCAUAAUUGAUCAAGCUCCGAUGAUCUACCAAAGACGGGCUCUUUGGAAUUCAUUUCUUAAGCUAGCGUGAUGAAUGAAUUUUUAACAUGCACAAAAAACGAUAAGUGUUCUUAUCUCUUCUAUCUGGGGGAUAAAAUGAACCUGUUUAUGUUUUAUUUACACCGGAAGAGGAUAGAUCAUCCUCGGAGAAAUAUGAUGAACCGACCCUACAUUCGACUUGUUUUAUCCCCUAGAUGAAAAGCCCUCGAUGAGGGAUAGAAUACACUUGUCGUUUUUUGUGACAAACGAGCUUGAAUCUCAAUUUGCUGCUCUUCUUUUUCAAAUUAUCUUUACAUGACGAUCAAGCGUAAUUGAUCAAGCUCCGAUGAUCUACCAAGGACAGGCUCUUUGGAAUUCAUUUGUAAACCUGGUUUGGUAAAUGAAUUUUUUUCACAUGUGUAAAAAACUAGAAGUGUUUUACUAUCUUCUAUCUAGGGGAUGAAACGAACCAGUUUAAGUGCGAUUUACACCGGAAGAGGAUAGAUCAUCUUCGGAGAAAUAUGAUGAACCGACCCUGCAUUCGACUUGUUUUAUCCCCUAGAUGAAAAGCCCUCGAUGAGGGAUAGAAUCCACUUGUCGUUUUUUGUGUCAACCGAGCUUGAAUCUCAAUUUGCUGCUCUUCUUUUUCAAAUUAUCUUUGUAUGAUGAUCAAGCGUAAUUGAUCAAGCUCCGAUGUUCUACCGAAGACGGGCUCUUUGGAAUUCAUUUGUAAACCUGGUUUGGUAAAUGAAUUUUUUUCACAUCCGCAAAAAACGAGAAGUGUUUUACUCUCUUCUAUCUAGGGGAUGACAUGAAUCAGUUCAAGUGCAAUUUCCAACGAAAGAGGAUAGAUUAUCUCCAGAGAAAAAUGAUGAAUCAACCGCACAUUCGACUCACAUUAUCCCCUAAAUGGAAAGCCCUCAGUGAGAGAUAGAAUACACUUAUAGCUUUUUAUGUCAACCGAGCUUGAAUCUCAAUUUGCUUCUCGUAUUUCUCAAAUGAUCUUUGUUCAGGGAGUUUUCAUCGUGAUAUGUUGUAUCAAUGCGUUGUGAGGUCGCCACUUCGACAGGUCCAGUAAUCAAUCAUAAUGAUCACAACAAAUUUUAUUAUCGAUUCCUGGAAAUGUCGUCGCUUUCAAGUGGUGAUUGCAAAACGCUCAGCUGCAAACGCAAUUCACUCAAGCCUUAAUGAACCAAUACUAGCGGUUUUAGAUAUUUCAGAAAUAUCUAUUCAAUCCAGAUAUUUAUUGGUUUAUCCGUUAUACAUUCCCAAUCCUUAAUUUUCAUAACUUAACUAUCACCAUGACCCGAACAUUCAGGAAACUAUUAAUGGUAGUUUAUCAUCGAAUAAUUUUCUAAUGUUGCGUCAUGGUAUUGCUAUAUAUGGGCCAAUGAAUGAAAUUCAAGUGUUGAGGAUUGAAAGUUUAAUGAUAUUUGUAACAUCCGGUUAAACGUUGAAGUCGUGUAUUGAUAUUAAUGUCGAUCUUUGCAAAGAGAUAUUUCUUAUAUUGAAUCUAUAUGUUUCCGUAGCAUAUAUCAUACUUAUAGAUACGUUGCAAAUAUUUAUACUUAUUGUAUUAAACAUAUUAUAUUGUUAUUAAAGUUUUACAUAAGUGAGCGAGAGAAGAGGUGAUUGAGAAGUUGCCUAAAGUUGUAAAUACAGAACAUUCGGAGGUACAUUCCACUGGCUCAAUCACAAUCUUCUUAUUUUUAUGAACAUUCCUGUGUUUCACGAUUGCUGGAUAUGCAAUAAACAACACAAACCAAUCCGAUUGUUGGAGAUCGGCGGAUAGGCGGUUGGAAAGAGGGAAACAACAUUCCCUAUCUCAAUUACUUAGACUUAGAAGAAAACAAAAUUUUGUGCCCUUACCAAUCCAACAUUCUAAUUAGCUUGUUACUAUCAUUAUCAGUCUCCCAUUACCAUUUUUUCUUUCUUUGCGACAAAUAAAACAUAUAAUUGCCAAUAAAAAAACGAGGAUUUUCGAAUGUAAAA